AUGUCAUUAAAAAAUUAUCUCGCGCUUCUUGUGAUUUGCACCGCAAUCUCUAUAUUUCAAGUAAACGCCAAGACCGGGGUUGUACAUUGUCCCGGUGGAUACAGUAAGGGGGGUGGUGGAGCGACUUGUUAUGAGUCACCUGACGAAAACGGGAUAACGCACGCUUGUCCCAGCGACAAAUGCGGCCACGAUGGGAAGACAUGGGUCUGGAUGCAUGGUUGUGUGCAUUACCCGGAUGGCACUGCCAUAGGUUCAGAGCAAUGCACGCAGUACACUUUCCUCCGUGACAAUCUUUACGUCUGUACAACGAUACACGGAAAAACCUAUCAGUGUCCUCAUAAGCUUUCUGACCCGUCAAUAUCCUGUACAGAUUGCUUCUAUUAG